CCUGCGAGUUGGGAACCGGGCCGGGGACCCCGCCCAAGGCGGCGGCUGGGUCCCCAGGGCUGGGCGCCGCUGGCAGGGCCGACGGGGCGGAGAGGAGGGCGGCUGGAGGAGGAGUGAUCGGAGAGGGGCUGGUCAUGGGAAGUGCGACGUGUCUGCGGAGCCUUCUUAUACCUCCUUCCCUUCCCGGGGAGCCGCUCAGCCGCCUGUGCCUCGCUCCUCUGCGCCCCCGGAGCCUGUUGCAGCGCCUCCAGCCAUGUCGGGGGUCAAGAAGCAGAAGACGGAGAAUCAGCAGAAAUCCACCAACGUUAUCUACCAAGCCCACCAUGUGAGCAGAAACAAGAGAGGGCAGGUGGUUGGAACACGGGGUGGAUUCCGAGGGUGCACAGUUUGGCUGACAGGUCUCUCUGGUGCUGGAAAGACAACAAUCAGCUUUGCUCUGGAGGAAUACCUGGUCUCCCAUGCCAUCCCGUGCUACUCCCUUGAUGGGGACAAUGUCCGUCAUGGCCUCAAUAAAAAUCUUGGCUUCUCUGCUGGAGACAGAGAAGAAAAUAUCCGACGGAUUGCUGAGGUGGCCAAGCUCUUUGCAGAUGCUGGCCUGGUCUGCAUCACCAGUUUUAUUUCUCCUUUUGCAAAGGACCGCGAGAAUGCCCGCAAAAUUCACGAAUCAGCAGGACUCCCGUUCUUUGAAAUAUUUGUAAACGCACCCCUGAACAUUUGUGAAAGCAGAGACGUGAAAGGCCUCUACAAACGGGCACGGGCUGGGGAGAUCAAAGGAUUUACAGGUAUUGAUUCUGAUUAUGAGAAACCUGAAACUCCUGAGUUGGUACUUAAAACCAACUUGUCUUCGGUGAGUGACUGUGUCCAGCAGGUUGUAGAGCUGCUGCAAGAGCAGAACAUUGUACCUCACACUGUUAUCAAAGGCAUCCAUGAGCUCUUUGUGCCGGAAAACAAGCUCAGUCAAGUUCGGGCUGAGGCAGAAUCUCUCCCUUCAUUGCCCAUUACCAAGCUGGAUCUUCAGUGGGUGCAGGUCUUGAGCGAAGGCUGGGCAACCCCCCUCAAAGGUUUCAUGCGAGAGAAGGAGUACUUGCAGGUUAUUCACUUUGACACCCUGCUAGAUGACGGAGUGAUCAACAUGAGUGUCCCCAUCGUACUGCCUGUCUCCACGGAUGAUAAGAAGAGGCUGGAAGGGUGCAGCAAGUUUGUCCUGAUGUAUGGUGGGAAAAAGGUCGCCAUCUUGCAGGACCCUGAAUUCUACGAACAUAGAAAAGAGGAACGUUGCUCCCGUGUAUGGGGGACAACGUGUGCAAAACACCCUCAUAUCAAAAUGGUGAUGGAAAGUGGGGACUGGCUGGUUGGUGGAGACCUUCAGGUGCUGGAGAGGAUCAGGUGGAAUGAUGGAUUAGACCAGUACCGACUCACUCCUGUGGAGCUCAAACAGAAAUGUAAAGAAAUGAAUGCAGAUGCAUUGUUUGCAUUUCAGUUGCGCAAUCCUGUGCACAAUGGCCAUGCCCUGCUGAUGCAAGACACCCACCGCCGGCUCCUGGAGAGGGGCUACAAGCACCCUGUCCUCCUGCUUCACCCUCUGGGUGGCUGGACCAAGGAUGACGAUGUGCCCCUGGACUGGCGGAUGAAGCAGCAUGCUGCCGUGCUGGAGGAAGGGGUCCUGGAUCCCAAGUCCACCAUUGUUGCCAUCUUCCCUUCGCCCAUGCUCUAUGCUGGUCCCACAGAGGUUCAGUGGCACUGCAGGGCCCGUAUGAUUGCAGGGGCCAAUUUCUACAUUGUGGGGCGGGAUCCUGCAGGAAUGCCCCAUCCUGAGACCAAGAAGGACCUAUACGAGGCCACGCAUGGGGGAAAGGUCUUGAGCAUGGCCCCUGGCCUCACCUCUGUGGAAAUCAUUCCUUUCCGAGUGGCUGCCUACAACAAAACUAAAAAAUCCAUGGACUUCUAUGACCCGGAAAGGCACAACGACUUUGACUUCAUCUCAGGAACUCGGAUGAGGAAGCUUGCACGGGAAGGAGAAAAUCCUCCAGAUGGUUUCAUGGCUCCCAAAGCCUGGAAGGUCCUGACAGAUUACUACAGAUCCCUGGAGAAGAACAACUAAAACCAUCCUUGACACCAGUGAUUUUUUUUUUCCUGAAGUGCUCUUUUAUAGGUCCUUUUCUAUUUUUUGUGAUUAGAUGCUUUGUACCCAGUUGCUUCUCGAUUUUAUUUUGUAAUUAGAGUUUUACAAUGAGAUCAACAAAAGUGCCUUCCUGUGAUUUCAAUGCAAUUUCACUGAAGAUACUCAAACAGAAGAUCAGAUCUUGGCAGGUCAAAGUAAUCCAGUGACUUCAGAGUAAAGUUGUUUCUACUACAUCUGAGCUGGUAGGUCCCAGAUUUCUCAAAAACUUGAGGUGCCUAGUUGACUAGCCAAGAAGUAAAGCGUAUUUUCCAGCUUGUGUACUGCCAACCCAAACUCUGGAUAUCAUUCACCAUUAGUAAAAUAGAUGAGCAGCCUUUCUUCUGUACAACAAUUUUUUUCCUUCACCUUUCAAGAGGUGCAGCUCAUUCAUCAUCAAGUUCUUGAUAAUACUUUUCAUCCAUGUGUAAAAACAGGGUAUACUGUUCUCUUAUGUACUGACCAGUCU